GCUGCCAUGAUAAAGCUGUCCUGUUGUAUGAAUACGUAGGGAAGAGGGUGGUGGAUCUUCAACAUACAGAAGUCCCAGAUACCUACAGGGGCAGAGGAAUCGCAAAACAUCUGGCCAAGGCCGCUUUGGACUUCGUGGUGGAGGAAGAUCUGAAAGCCCACCUCACUUGUUGGUAUAUCCAGAAAUACGUCAAGGAGAACCCACUGCCACAAUACAUGGAACGUUUACAGUCUUAACACAGAACCUUGCUUGGAGAUGUCCGCCAGGCCCUUCUUUUAGUGACUGGCCCUGGCCUCAAAAGCUCUCACGGGGGACGCCCUCGCCUGCUUCUGCACAUGCUCAGAGGCCCUGCUUUUGGGAAAAAAAACAAACAAGCCAGAUGCCAUGAUUUCUCAACCAUGCUUCCAAGCCGUCCGGCUGACCGAGAAUUUUACAGUCUGCAUUUGGCAGGGAAAUCCUCAGGCAAAAUCCAACCUCCUGCCAGUGGGGUGAACUUGUGGUGGUAUAGAAGGCAUGGGGUGGGUCUGGUUUCCAACAAGGGUUGAGCUAAAGCAAGUCUGCUCGGCCGGUCUUCUCCAGCAUGGAGAAGACAGAAGCCAAGCUAUCGGGGUGUCUUUGAACUCUUGGCUAGGUUGAUCGUGCGGCCACGCGGUGGAUAAACAUGGAGCCGGAUACAAGCGGUCCAAUCAACGUUGAGCUCCUGCCAUAGGAUCUCACCACCCUGCCGAAGCAUGGACGGACAUGGAGAAAUUACUUUCCACGGGGACGCUGGCUCAACUGAGCUCGCAAACAGGGCAACGCGUUGGGUGUUUUGAGGUGAUGGUGUGUGAAGAAGAAGCUUAGGUGGAUUCUACGGACAUUUUGAGGAAUGGGCUGGCGCUGCUAUUUAUCUCGUUUUGGUGGGCCCUCCCUUCCCUUCUCAAUCUCCCCUGGUGGGGAAGGAUUCCCGUUGCAUGGAGGAAGAAGAGGAAGACGAAGAGCGAGGGGCUAAGAAGGAUGGACACCAGGAAAAGGAAGGGAAGAGUGUUGAAAAAUGAUGGACACCUCCAACCAGAAGAGAGACGUUUUCUACUCGAGCCAUUUUGGGGGGGGUGGGGGUGUGUGAAAUGGAUCCAUAAUGCAGAUAGAGUAAGUGAGGUGGAAUCCUACAAGGGGGGGGGGGCUGAAAUGGGAGAUGCCGUUAGGAGGUCUUCUUUGAGACGAAUUGGCUCCAACUUGGCUCAAGGGAAAGAGGGAGUGAAACUAAAGAAGUCUACUCCAUGGGGGGUAGGGGGAGAAGUUUGCUUCUCUUGGAUCGAACGGCUUCAUUUCUUCAACCCUUCGCUUCUGGCGGAGGCAGCCGGGGAUCCUGGGAAGAGUGGGUCAGAAUAGUGGGAUAGA